AUGGAUGUCAAGGAGUUUCGCAAGCGCGGCCAUGAGGCUGUCGAAAGAAUAGCAAAAUACUACGAAGAGCUUGAAGCUGGUGAUAAAUACAAAGUUCUGAGUGAUGUUAAGCCUGGAUAUCUGAAAUCCUUGCUUCCAGAACAAGCACCAGAAGAACCUGAAGCAUGGGAGAGUAUUUCAAGUGAUUUUGAAAACAAAAUCAUGCCAGGUGUUACUCAUUGGCAACAUCCUUCAUUCUUUGCUUUCUAUCCAGCCAAUUCAAGCUUCCCAGGCAUCUUGGGCGACAUGUACUCUUCCAUGAUCAACUGCAUCGCGUUCAACUGGCAAACAUCUCCCUCCUGUACAGAACUAGAGACAGUCACACUCGAUUGGGUCGCAAAGCUAUGUAAUUUAGAUGCUGGCUUCUUAUCAACUGGAAAAGGAGGCGGUGUUAUUCAGGGAUCUGCUUCUGAAGCAGUUUUGGUGGCAGUUAUUGCUGCUCGUGAACGUGUGCUGGGAGCUAUGAAGGCCAAAGGUGCUUCUGAAGCAGAACUAGCCAAUGCUGCAAGUCGACUAGUAGCCUAUGGAUCAACACAGACUCAUAGCUGUACAAAGAAGGCUUGUUUGAUAUUGAAUUUGAAGUUCAAGAGUCUUGACGUUGACACCCAGUAUCGAUUACGUGGAGAUACAGUGAAGGCAGCUGUAGAGCAAGAUUUAGCAGCAGGAUUGAUACCGUUCUUUGUGACGGGUACUAUUGGGACGACGUCAAGUGGUGCAGUGGACGCUAUACCUGAAAUCGUGAAGGCUAUCAGACCGCAUGCUGAUAGUAUAUGGCUGCAUAUUGAUGCUGCUUAUGCUGGAUCAGCAAUGACCUGUGCUGAACACCAAUAUCAUCUUGCUGGAACUUCUGAAGCUGAUUCUUUUAAUUUUAAUGCCCAUAAAUGGAUGCUUACGAACUUCGAUUGCUCCCUAUUCUACGUCAAGGACAGGAGUCAAUUGACGAAUGCCCUGUCUCUCACACCCGCCUAUUUACGUAAUGCUGCAUCAGAUUCUGGGCUCGUGUUUGACUACAGGGACUGGCAACUUCCACUUGGAAGGAGGUUUAGGUCACUGAAGCUUUGGUUUGUGCUUCGAACAUAUGGAGCUAAGGGUAUUCGUGCCCAUAUCCGCAUGCACGUUGACCAAGCCCAACUCUUUCACAAACUCUUACUGUCAAGGACUGACUUAUUCAAAGUCUUCACACCUCCAAGCUUUGCGUUGAUGACUUUUCAGGUCCAACCUGCAAAGGGACAGACAAUAUCUGAAGCUACUCAGUCUACGUUGGAGACUUGUAAUGCUAGUGGGAAGAUGUUACUGACGCCGACAGAACUUGACGGACAAUACGUUAUAAGAUUCGUACCUGGCAGUCGCUUGACGGAAAACCACCACAUAGAACAAGCGUUCAAGUUCUUGACGGAGAACAAAGUCUUUGUCAAAUGGGCAUGGGCAUGGACAGCAACGCCUAUACUAGCACUUAUGGUGGCGACGGCAGUAAAAAGGCACGACAAUCCGCUACCUGCCAUCGCCAAAUCCCUAUUGAGGUGGACCUUUGCUACCUCGUUUCUUAUGACACAGUGGUUUCUAGGAUCGUCAAUACUUGAUAGAAUCCUAGUUGGAACUGGUGGAGAAUGCGCGGACCCAAUUCAUAUCACCAUGCAUCAUUGUCGAAAGCAUGGUCAUCAAUGGUUUGGAGGAUUCGACGUAUCAGGGCACUGUCUGAUCUUGAUACACGCUUCGCUCUUCAUCUGUGAAGAAUUGUGGAACGUCAUGUAUCCUGUACGCGAUUCAGCAAAUGGAGAACGUGUUCCCGUCAAUCAUAAUGUCUAUCAAGGUCCUUUGGAACGUGCGUUAACCACCUUGUUGAUCUUCUUGCUCUUUGUAUGGUACAUUAUGUUGCUUGGCAUAUCUGUAUUGAAUUUCAAUAGGCCAGCUUCUAGAAAUGCAUUGGGCAAAGUCAUGAUGCAACAAUUUCGUGAAGCUCUAGCUGAGCUUAAGUUCGACAGCACAACUCGUGUGGUGAUUCUCAGAAGUUUGGUGGACAAGGUGUUUUGCGCUGGGGCAGAUCUAAAGGAACGUCAAACUAUGCCAAUCCAUGAAGUAGCUCCUUUUGUACAUUCGCUUCGAAGCUCCUUUAAUGAAGUCGAGGCACUCCCAAUGCCGACCAUUGCGGCAAUCGAUGGAGCUGCGUUAGGUGGUGGCCUUGAAUUGGCCCUUGCUGCCGAUUUACGAGUUGCAGGUGGUGGAGCUAAACUUGGUCUGCCAGAAACAAGACUCGCCAUCAUACCAGGGGCAGGAGGCACACAGCGCUUGCCACGAUUCAUAGGCGUCGCAAAAGCUAAAGAGCUUAUAUUUACGUGUCGAACACUUAAUGCUAAGGAAGCUGAAUCGCUUGGUAUAGUAAAUCACGCUGUAGCUGCAUCUGCAUAUGACAAGGCAUUGGAAUUGGCUCGAGAAAUACUACCUCAAGGUCCAAUUGCUCUACGUAUGGCCAAAAUUGCUGUUACUCGAGGACUGGAAACUGACAUGACGACUGGAAUGGCUAUUGAAGAAGCUUGCUACGCUCAAGUAGUUCCAACAGAAGAUCGCUUAGAAGGCUUGAAGGCAUUCCGAGAAAAGAGGGUCCCUGUGUAUCAUGGUCGAUGA